AACGAGAGUUAUUUAUUACAAAACAUGGGAUUCUAAGACGUGCGAUCUCUCCUCCACUCCAAUCACCCCUUACUACUACUGCCACUGCUCCUCCUCCUUCCUGCUGCUUCUUUUCUUCUUUCAUCCUCCUCCUCCUCCCUCUUUCUCUGAUUUUUUUUUAAACACAGAGCUUUCCUGUCUCUGUCAGAUCGGGUCUCUCGGUUUCGGGUCGGCGGCGAUCUGUUCUUUCCUUAAGGGUUAAUCGGGUUUUGAAGAUCGACAAUGGCCACCGAAACCAAACUUGACCAACGAUUGGAGUCGAGCCCUGUUGUUGCUAAGCCAGUUGACAACAAUGUGGGUUCUGGAAUAGAUGGACUCCCUUCAGAUUCGACUCCCACCAUUUCGGCUUCUGGGAAUGGUGUUUCUGACACCAAAGUUAAUGGCAGUGCGGUAUCUAUCACCAAAAGGGAGGCUGAUCAAGAGCCAAAUGCUGCUAGUAGUUAUAGUUAUCAAUACCCAGGCUACAGUGGGUCCUCCACGCAAUUGGAUGAUCAAGUUUAUUACCAAGCAGAUGGUUCCCAAACAGGCAUGCAAUCGGAUAAUGGUUCAAUGGUUUAUUAUUGGCCUAGCUAUCCAUAUGCUUCAGGAACGGUAGUUGGUGUUGAUGGGCAAAGUGUUGCUCAACAGCCAUAUUUUUCUUCCUCGGGAUAUCUACAGCAUCCUGUGUCCUAUGGGUUAGAAGCCAUGCCUUGUUAUUCAUGGGAUUCAGCAUAUGUCGGUGAUGUCUCGAAUGGAAAUGCUGUUUUUGAAAACGGAAAAGGUGGCUCAGGUUCCACUGCGUUUGCCCAGUCAAAUGGCUUCAACUCUACAAAAUCUAAUGGCAACAUUGGCAGCAAAAUUUCCAAGCCUAUGUACACUCAACUUGUCAGACCUAUGACCAAGGUUUCUCCAUCGGGUUCAGAUUUUUCAGCAGGCCUUUUUAAGGGAUACCAACCUAUGGGAAAGUUUCCUCCAUUUACUUCCCAAAAACCAGGUCCAUUCCCACACAAUGGUCCAUUGAACUACAGGCAAAAUGGAAGAAUGUGGACUGGGAAUUACAGAAACAUAUCAAGAGACAGAUUCAAUAAAAAUUAUGAUUUUGAAAACCAAACUGAAUUAACUCGUGGUCCUAGGGCAUCCAACAAAAAUGCUCCAUUGGAUUUGUUGGUCAACAAAAAUGCUUCGUUGGACUCCUCAGUAAAGGACGAGUUGGGAAUUGCAAUGCGCAAAGAGCAAUAUAACUUACCAGAUUUUGAAACCGAGUAUGCUAAUGCCAAGUUUUUUGUUAUCAAAUCUUAUAGUGAAGAUGACAUUCACAAGAGCAUUAAAUAUGAUGUAUGGGCAAGUACCCCAAAUGGCAAUAAGAAGCUAGAUGCUGCAUUCCACAAUGCAGAAGAGGUUUCAAGUGAUACCGGGUACAAAUGUCCAAUUUUCCUCUUUUUUUCAGUAAAUGGAAGUGGACAGUUUGUUGGCUUUGCUGAGAUGGUUGGUCAGGUUGACUUUAACAAAGACAUGGAUUUUUGGCAAAUUGACAAAUGGAACGGUUUUUUCCCUGUGAAGUGGCAUGUAGUAAAAGACAUUCCUAAUGGUCAUCUGCGGCAUAUUGUGCUUGAAAAUAAUGAUGGACAUUCUGUAACUUUCAGCCGGGACACUCAAGAGAUUGUACUCAAGCAAGGUUUGGAAAUGCUUAAUAUUUUCAAGAGUUAUUCUGCAAAAACAUCUUUGUUAGAUGACUUCAACUUCUAUGAAAAGCGAGAGAAAUCUCUUAACACCAAAAAGGGCAACAAGCCUGCUACUUUGCAAAUGGAAAUAUUUAAGAACGGUGAUUUCGCUAAGCAUACAACAGCCGAAGAAGGGAUAUCUGAAGAUGACUCAAGGACCAAGAAAACUACUAAUCCCUCAUCUCUUAUCAAUUUAACUAAAAAUCUCUCACUCAGUGGUCACAUCCAGAAGAGUAACCCUAUAAAGAAGCCAAUAGGAAAUUCAGAUCCACCUGUUCCUUCACCAUAGGCUUUUUUAGGGCAUUAGUAGGUUUGUUGCAGUGCUGUAGCUCACAGUUUUAAUCCCUUCAUUCCGAGCCUUCUAUUUCAGGCUUUCCCCCCUUGAAAAUGGGUGUUUGUUUUCCAAAAGCGUCUUUUGGACUAUCAGUUAGGUGGGUUUGCUGGUGAUUGAAGGUGUUGCUUUUUUUUUUUUUUAUCAAUAAUAAUAAUCUAUUCCUAAUUUUGUUUUGAA